AUGCUGCGCCCGCUGCUGCUCGCCGCGCUCUGCCUGGCCGGCCGGCUGGGGGCCGCCCACGGCUGCCAGCUGCCCUCCGAGUGGAGACCCCUGAGCGAGGGCUGCCGAGCCGAGCUGGCCGAGAUCAUCGUGUACGCCAAGGUGCUGGCGCUGCAUGAGGAGGUGCACGGCUUGUACAACUACCUGCCCUGGCAGUACGAGGCGGGCGACGCGGGGCUCUUCUACUCCGCGGAGAUCGAGAUGCUGUGCGACCAGGCCUGGGGCAGCAUGCUCGAGGUGCCCGCGGGCUCCAGGCUCAACCUCACCGGCCUGGGCUACUUCUCCUGUCACUCCCACACCGUGGUCCAGGAUUACUCCUAUUUCUUCUUCCUCAGGAUGGAUGAGAACUAUAACCUCUUGCCUCAUGGAGUCAAUUUCCAAGAUGCCAUCUUUCCAGACACUCAAGAGAACAGAAGGAUGUUUUCUAGCCUUUUCCAGUUCUCAAACUGUUCACAAGGGCAGCAGCUGGCGACUUUCUCCAGUGACUGGGAGGUCCAAGAAGACACUAGGCUCAUGUGUUCCUCGGUGCAGAAGGCCCUGUUUGAGGAGGAGGACCACGUCAAGAAGCUGCAGCAGAAGGUCGCCACCCUGGAGAAGCGGAAUAAGCAGCUUCGGGAGCGGGUGAAGAAGGUCAAGCGGUCCCUGCGACAGGCGCGGAAGAAUGGCCGCCACCUGGAGCUGCUGAACCGCAAGCUGAGCGAGAAGCUGGCGGCAGCGGCGGGCGCACUCCCGCACAUCAACGCGCUGGGCCGCGAGCCCGCGGGUGCCCCCUACCUGCGGGGUUAGCGGGCAUGGAGCGCCAGCCUCCCCUGGUCCCGGGCGGGGCCCCUUCCAGGGAGUGGAAAGGGAGGCGGGACUUGUACACGCACAUAGCUCAAGAACCCUCGUAGAUGACGUUUUUACUCUGCAUUUGGUAGCGGCUACUGGGUUUACGGGGCAAGUCUCCUGUCUCCUUGGCGGCCCGAUUCCUGCCCUCCCGUGUGCCUGGGGCCUGACCCUGGCAACAAGGAGCAGCUGGGAAAGUGCACUUAUUAGGGAAAGAACAUUUCAAAAUCUCUCUGGGGGCACAAGGACCCAAGGGGUUCGGCCUCCCUUUUCAAGGAAAGGCAGUGUGGUCUCAGUUCUGAGUGGCAGGACCACCCUGAGCUUGGAGGAGUGGGGGCACCUUCUGGUGUCAUUAAGACAAUGAACCCAUCACAGGUCAGGGAAUGGAGCUGGGAGUCGGGUGGCAGGUAAUUGAGUAGGGUGAACAAUACCUGCUGUCCAACAGCAGCUGCCCAGCAUCCCUGGAGACUCCCGUGGGCCACUUCAACCUAAAGGGGAACUGCCUUUAUGGGCCUGUCGUGUUUCAUCACAGCACAUUUCUAAGUUGGAAGAGCCUGAACCUCCAUGGCUGAAUUCGAGGUGAGCUGACCCAACAUGCUGUGAACUUCUGUUGUGCAAAGACAUUUCUUUACCAACCGGGGCCUGGGGACCUUGCCUCAUAACUGUCUGUGCUCUGCUCAUGAAAGGGCUUGUUGCAGGCCUCCUGAUCCUGGCUUCUUUACACAAAUGCUUUCCCCCCACCUUGAUGGUCCAGACAGACCCCAGCAGUAGUGCGUCUGUGUUGGCCCACUUCUCACCGCGGUAGAUUCUGUGUAUGGUCACUUCACCUUCUUUGGGAAGAAACCUUUAGCGAGAGAGGUAUUGUGAAUAUCUUAGUUUUUGCCGUGCUAACACUUGAGCCCUUGACCUAUCCACAUGUGAUCAGAUCCCAGGUGUGUGAUUAAGUAGUCACCCACCCCUUGGUUAUCUAGACCAACCACUUUCCCUUUCCUGCCCCGUAACCACCCCAGAUAUAGGAGGGCCCGAUAAUGCCAUCCUCUCCACUGGAAAUGCUCAGAUUUCCAUCCACUGCCUUUAGAAAAAUCAUGUCCUUCUUGCUCUCAGUGACUGUCCGGGGCAUGAGCCUUGUGUCCCUUGGUGGCAGGCGAUGGCCUCAGGGGAGAAGUUGAUGUCCCGGUCUGCACAGCAGGGCGGCUUCUCAAGGGCUCUUCACUGCCACGCUUCUGCCAGCACUUUAUUAGUCGUAGUCUUCACAGUCUGGUACAACAGGAGGUGCGUCUUCUGGUUUCUUCUUCCCAGGGACGUUGCAUCCUGGGAAUGUCUGCAGGAAACCCUGCAGUUUCACUGCCACCCGUGGGUGAUUCACAGCCAGCGUCUGGAGAACUGUGGAAGCUGGAUCUCUUCAGAUGCGUUAUGUUCUGCCUUUUCAAUAAAGAUGAGCAGUAGUU